AUGUACAAGUUUUUGGUCAUCGCCGCUCUGAUUGCCUGCUCUGCAGCCAAGCCCGGUGUGGUGGCUCCCCUGGCCGCUGCUCCUUUGGCCUAUGCCAAUGCCCCGUUGUAUGCCGCCGGCGGCAGCAGCCAGGUGGAUGUCCGCAACAACUAUGACGGCACCCUCUCAUCCUACACUACAGCUCCGUUCGAGUUCACCGCUCCCUACUCCAGCCGCUAUGUGUCCGGCAUCCCAGCUGCUCCUGCUGUAGUGGCCAAGUAUGCAGCUGCUCCUCUAGCUGCUCCUCUGGCUGCUCCAGUUGCUGCUCCUCUGGCUGCUCCAGUUGCUGCUCCUCUGGCUGCUGCUCCCUACACCGCUGCUUAUGCCGCUCCUUAUGCUGCUCCCUAUGCCGCUGCCUACUCCGCCUAUCCCUAUGCCUCACAAUACCUGGCAUCGCCCUACACCGCUCCCUUCGCUGCCGCUGUUCCCGCUCCAGUGGUGGUCUAA